AUGAAGACAGUUUACAAUGUACGACAUCGAUGUAGGGUUCUACAGAAAGCUGGUAGAUGCCAGAUGGAACAACUGUUGGGUGAAUUAGCGAAACAUAAGUACAUUGACCGUCAUCGAUGUGAGGAAGGCUCUAUGACUGUCACAGACUUUUUUUGGGCACAUCCAGUGAGUUUGGAUUUGCUUCGUACAUUCCCUUGUGUGUUGAUUAUGGAUUGCACGUAUAAGACCAAUAGAUAUCUGCUUCCUCUUCUUGAAAUUGUGGGAAUAACAUCAACUCAUAUGACAUUCUCCGUGGCUAUCGCAUACUUGCAAACUAAGCGGGUUGAUAAUUAUGCAUGGGCGUUACAAACAUUGCGUGAUCUUAUGGACGACAGUGUUUUACCUGAAGUCAUUGUCACAGACAAAGAGCUUGCUUUGAUGAAUGCCAUUGACAACACCUUUUCGAAUGCUCGACAUUUGGUUGAGAGUGCUCAUGCUAGAUUGAAGAGGCAAUUAGGUUCAAGUCAAACGACAUUUGAGAUUUCAUUUGAAAAAAUACAUUGUCUACUUGAGUUGCAGCACAUUCAAGUUAAAGCAUCAUUCGAGAAAAGUUUGACAACUGUGCAACAUCAAUUCAAACCUUCUCAAUUCAGAGAGCUCUGGGGUAAUGUGUCUAUUUGUGCAUUGGAGUACGUGUUGGCAGAGAGUAAGAGAGCAAAUUCAGCUGGAAUUGAUGUUGCAACAUAUUACAUGAGACAAGACCGUCAUAUUCCACUCAGUAGCAUACAUGUACAUUGGACGUGCCUUACUAUAUGUGUGCAUAAUCCAAAGGAACAGAAGUUGGAAUUGACUUGUAUCCCAGAACUUGAGUUGAUUUUGAAGCGGUUCAAAGAGUCUGAUAUUGCCAUGCAAUUGGAUAUGUUGAAGAAGUUGAGGGAAAUUGCAAAUCCAGCGAGCACUUUUCUUAUUGAGCCCGAUGUGAAACCUAAUCCACGUCGAGGACAUAAGAAAAUUGAUAUAUCUUGUCGUCGUGACCCGUGUGCAUUUGAGUUGGUUGACGAUGGGCAUGAUAGCCAGAGCACAUUAGCUUCUAGUCAGUCAAAGAAAAAGAGAACUUCAAAAGUGCAUAAGAAGAAACAGUUUCAUAUUUUGAAAAUAGCCCAGGCUUUGAUCGUUGAUGACUAUGCCUGA